AAGGAAGGAUGAAGAUUCGAAAUUUGGAAGUUUUGAAAUUGAAUUGCUGUAUAAGAGAAACAUUGUGGAAAGUGGAAACCCCACUUUUCCUCUCUCCUUUUUUCUCUGCUUCUCUUCCACAUUCGCACCACGAUCUUAAUAAGUUUCCUCUUCUAGUCCGUCAGAGUGUAUAUCUGGAGAUACGCGAGCUUGUCAGGAAUCGCCAUCGUUUCCACUUCUCCGAUUUUGAGGAAGUUUGUGCUUUUAUAGGCGGCUAAGAAAUGGUAAUAAGGAGGAGCUUCUGGCGGGCGGCGUCCUCGUUGUUGGUGUUCUUUUUCUUGCUUCGUUGGAGUGCGGUCGGUGCCCAGAAGCUCGGAGCGUCUCCAUGGCAAACCUUGUCUGGUGAUGCCCCUGUUGUGAUAGCCAAUGGUGGCUUUUCUGGUUUAUUUCCUGGCUCUAGUUUAGAUGCUUUUAGUUUUGCUCUGAUAGCGAGUUCAACUGAUACAAUAUCAUGGUGUGAUGUGAGACUAACGAAGGACAGUAUUGCCGUUUGUCUACCAAACUUGAAGCUAGACAAUUGUACUGACAUUGCAUCAAUUUAUCCUCAAGGAAAGAAAGACUAUCCUGUUAAUGGCGCAUUGACCCAGGGGUGGUUUUCUGUGGAUUAUACAAUGAAAGAUUUAGAAAAAGUUACUUUGACACAGGGAAUUUUUUCUCGAACAUUUAGAUUUGAUUUCAACUCGUAUCCCAUCCUUUCUGUUGAACAAGUUCAAAAACAAGUUGAUGGAUCACCGCUAUGGCUUAAUGUACAGAAUGAUAUUUUCUACAGUCAACAUAACUUAAGUAUGAGAAGUUACAUUCUUUCUCUAUCAAAGAGUGUUAUAGUGAACUAUAUCUCUUCACCUGAAGUUGGUUUCCUAAGGAGUAUUGUGGCAGGAUUUCAGAAGUCCAAGACUAAGUUGGUUUUCCGUUUUCUUGGGGAGGAUAUUACCGAACCUUCCACAAACCAGACCUAUGGAACAUUGUUAAAAAAUCUUACCUUUAUCAAGACCUUUGCGACAGGCAUCCUUGUUCCUAAGCAUUACAUUUGGCCAGUUACAGCUGAUCUAUAUUUAGAAUCACAAGCCACCUCCAUCGUUAGCGAUGCUCACAAGGAGGGAUUGGAAAUAUAUGCAGGCGAUUUUGUCAAUGACAUCGUCAUUCCAUACAAUUAUAGUUAUGAUCCUUUAGCUGAAUGUAUUUCUUUUAUUGACAAUGGUGAAUUCUCCGUUGAUGGUUUUCUAACAGACUUCCCUGUAACUCCAUCAGAAGCCAUAGGUUGCUUUUCUCAUCUCAACAAAAGCAGCUUGGACCAUGGAAAACCUGUCAUCCUUUCGCACAAUGGAGCAAGUGGAGACUACCCAGAUUGCACUGAUCUUGCUUAUAGUAAAGCAGUUACGGAUGGAGCAGAUAUUAUUGAUUGUCCGGUCCAAGUAACCCAAGAUGGAGUCCUCAUAUGCAUGAGUUCUAUCAACUUAAUGGAUUAUACUAAUGCUGCACAAUCCAUCUUCAGAUCUCGUAUUUCUAAUAUUCCAGAACUUCAAAGCACUCCUGGAAUAUUCACUUUUAAUCUUACUUUGGAAGAGAUUCAAAAGAAUUUGAAGCCUUCUAUAUCAAAUCCAAAUCCAGAUGUCGAUUUCAAAAUUGUGCGAAACCCACGCUACAAAACUGCAGGAAAUUUCAUGACUUUAUCCGACUUUUUGUCGUUUGCCAAAGAUAAAGCCCUAUCAGGAAUAUUGAUUAAUAUAGAGAAUGCAGCAUUUCUUAUUGAAAAAGUAGGCAUUAGUGUCAUUGACGAUGUCAUCUCUGCCUUGAAUGAUACUGGCUAUACUAAGCCAAGUGCCCUUGAAGUCACAAUUCAAUCCAGUGAUAGUUCAGUUCUCGUCAAGAUGAAGCAGCAAACCAAAUACAGGCUCAUGUACAGGAUUGAUGACACCAUUCAAGAUGCUGCAGCUUCCUCAAUUGCAGACAUAAAGAAGUUUGCGGAUUCUGUUGCUGUCAACAAGGAAUCCAUUUACCCUGAUACUAGCUAUUUCAUUGUCAAUGAGACGAAUCUUAUUAACAGUUUACAAAAAGCUGGGCUGCAAGUUUUUGUAUAUGUUCUACGGAAUGAAUUUCCCUCUCAACCAGUGGACUUCUUCACAGAUCCUUAUGUGGAGAUAAACACAUACGUCCAAGGAGCCUCGGUGGAUGGAAUCAUUACCGACUACCCUGCUUCGGCAAGAGCAUACAAGAGAAAUUCUUGUAGGAAUUUAGGAAAUAAUAUGCCGAACUAUAUGAAACCAGUUCAAGUUGGGGGUUUGAAGCAGCUUAUGAUCGCACCAGCUCAGCCGCCGGUUCUAUCUCCAAUGCCAAUUCUUGAAGAUUCUGAUGUGGUCGAGCCACCUCUACCUUCUGUUAGUCCUGUAAAUCCCUCAACUCCAACUCCCCCAAAUCAAGGGAAUGCUUCAGCUCCAGCUAACCAACCUUCAAACAGCUCAAUAUUAAGUCCUGUUUCAUCGAUGAUGAUCAUCUCCGUAUUGGUGAUUAUUGGUUCUCUUCUAUUCUUCUAAGUUGGAUUGAUUUGUCAAAAGUUUGGAGCUUGCUGUCUUGAGUUGCUACCAAGUCUCUGGAUGUGAAAAACUCAUUUUCUAUCGAUGUCACUGGUAGAUUUUGGUUCAUAUUGUGCUGUAUUAUAAUCUUGAAACUUUGAAGAAGGCUCUCAUUUUGAAUUUUUCAACUCCAUAUAUUUUUAAUGAGCUCACUUAAUCAGUUUUUUUGAA